AUCUUAUGCUGCUCCGAUCUCUGUUUUGUUUUAGUGUGUCUCCAUGGUUACCGGGCCGGGCAGGUGACGUCACUUCCGGCGCGACAGGGAUCCCGCGGCCGGAGGUGCCGCUGCAGCUCGUCAGCCAGGGACACCUGGAAACACACUGAGGAGGAGGGAAAUUGGCUAUACGAUACCAUGGCAGAUACUACCGGAAUAAACAACACACAGCAGGGCCAGCAACCUUCCCGGCCCCUUGGAGACCGAAACCGUUUAGAUUCUUUGAAAGAAAACCGAGCUGGAGCGAAGCCAAAGGCGCUGCAGUCUGCACAACAGCAGGGCCAGCAACCUUCCCGGCCCCUUGGAGACCGAAACCGUUUAGAUUCUUUGGAAGAAAACCGAGCUGGAGCGAAGCCAAAGGCGCUGCAGUCUGCACAACAGCAGGCCCAGCAACCUUCCCGGCCCCUUGGAGACCGAAACCGUUUAGAUUCUUUGAAAGAAAACCGAGCUGGAGCGAAGCCAAAGGCGCUGCAGUCUGCACAACAGAACGGGAACAUUGAGCCUGGCAGCAGACAGGAGCAGAAACCAACGCCGGAACUGCCGGAGCAGGUCACUCUGAGCUUUAAAUGGGCUCAUAGUAAACCUGAGGAAUAUACAACAAUCAGUGCAGAUCCACAGGAAACAAUUAUUGAUGCUCUGCAGAAAGAUGAUGAUUUUACAGAACAUUUUAAUGAUCUUUCGUAUUUGAUUAUUUCUGCUCAGAGCCUUCGUGCAAUAGUCAACCCAUCGGUCCCGUGUGGCGCUCUGAGCAAAGGAGAAAAACUUGUGCUAAAAAAACCUAAACUAAAUAAAGCAAUGAUGAAGCUACUAGAGACUCCGGCUUACCGGUAUCGUCCUGGUGGGGGGUUUAUUAUAGUGCGGAGCAAAGGAGAAACCAAGGGAGGAGCUAAUAGUAUAAUAGUACAGGACACGCAUCUGUUUUCUACAAACUUGCUGGCGGUUUAUGGCUAUAGAGAGGAAAGCAUUAGAGAUGCUCUCACCAAUGAUAAGAGAUUUACGGUAAUGAAUGUGUUCAAGCUUAAGACAGACACUGACGCCUACGGUUUCUCAGUACAACUGUCAGAGCUAUUAGAACACCCAAACAACACAUACACCAUCAUUACAGGUAAAAAACCUAAGGUUACUAAAGCUACUAAAGAGCCUGCCAAGAAGAGGAAACGUACCGGAUCACCUGCAGAGACUCCUCAGUCUAGUCCCGCUCCCUACUCUCAUUCAGCCAGUGACCCCCAAGGUGAGGCAGCUGCUGCAGCACCCUCUAAGGAGAUAGUAGCGAUAUUGGUAGAAAGCUUUGACACAUUUGUCAGGGACAGUGGCGGGCUAGACGCUGCAUGGAAAAUAAUCAGUCAACAGAGCGAUAACAAUUUCCUAAAGAUGCCCAUAGCAGUGGGCCCCAUGAGAAAGGUUAUGAAGUACGCAGGCAAUGUGGCGCUGAUCCGGGUUAGAGAAGGUGAUACAGUUAUAAACCAAGGAACCUGUUUCCAUCUGUGUGAGGGUCUGUUUCUCACCUGCUGCCAUGUAGUGGAAUGUGCACUCCUGAAAGCAAAUGGUCAGUGUAACGUGGAGGUAAUUUUCUCAUGUGAAAAUCCAGAGCAAGAAAAGGAUCUUCCUGCUGCUGUCCCUGCGGAAAUCAUACUGUAUUCUGAGGAACGUGAUUAUGCGUUUAUUCUUGUUAGAAAGCAGUUUAUUCCUGUUAGAAAGCUUUUUAUUCGUACUGAGAAGCAGUAUUUUGGGGCUAAUAAGCAGUUUAUUUAUGUUGGGAAGCAGUUAAAUUAUAAGAAGUUUAUUCCUGCUAGGAAGCAGUUUACUUGGGUUAGGAAGCCGUUUAUUUGGGUUAGGAAGCCGUUUAUUUGGGCUAGGAAGCAGUUUAUUCGUGCUAGGUUUUAUUGUGCAGAAGGCUUGUUGCGGCAUUUAGGACUUCCACCAGAGAAUGGUGUAGUGACCAUUAUUGGUCAUCCAAAAGGGAAAUGCAAACAAAUAGAUUUUUGUUCAGUGAUUAACAUCCCCAAGUGUCUUGCGAUUACUGAAAAACUUCACCAGUACCCUACCUUUAUCAGUUUACUAAAUUCGUAUGAAGCAGCGAAAAUUAAAAACCCGGGAUUAUCAGCUUAUAAGACAUCUAUGUACCAUGGUGCUUCUGGGGCUCCAGUAUUUAAUGAGACUUUACAACUCGUGUCAAUGCACACUGCGGGGUAUACAGUCCCUGCUCCAACAGGAGUGAAAAGUUUGCUAGAGUAUGGAAGUUGCAUUGUUGAUAUACUACUUUACGGUCUGGUUCAUAUGGAAAACACUGACCUUAAACUAACGGAAAUGGAAAAUUUGUAUCUCAGACUGAAGGUUAUGGCUGCAAAGAAUGCGCCAUUAAAGGAAUAUAUUCAGAAUCACCAAACACAUGAGUGGCCCAUUAUUACACAACUUUUACAAGACGCGGCACCAAACCUUGAACCUGGCAAUGAUGAUUUCCCUAUGGACACCUCAUAGCCUAGCUGCAUUUGUCGGUAAUGACACUCAAAUACACAUUCAUAUAAACCAUAUGAGAGCUUCUCGAGAGCAAUAUAUCUGCAAAGUUGUCUUUACUAUAUUUCUCUACAAAGCCUUUAAUGUUAACCAGACCUUUCUCUAUAUCCCAUAUAUGUGAGCCACUCCCCUGUGCUGACGGGAUGUAUAUAAAUGCCCUGUAAUGACAUGGGCCCAUUUACCAGUGACCGCAUUUGCAAUAAGAUUUGGGUGUGAUAUUAGUACCCAGGAUCGCAUUGCUGAAUAUCACCCGAUACUCAGGCAGCGACACCCCUGCGAUGUGCUGAGUGCGGUGUCGGGGCUUCUGCGCGGUCACUGUGACACAGCGGCCACUUCCAGGGAGGGUUCGCUCCUAAUGCGAUGUGUAGCCGGUAGGCUAUAAUGGCUAUAAUGGGCUAGCACCAUCUUCAGACGGCGGUAGCUGCGGGACCAAUAUUGGGAGGUCAUCUGAUAUUGGUAAAUCUGGUGGAUGCAGCUGCUGCGGUCCCUCCCUCUUACUUUUGGGGGAUACUUAAUAUUUACAGCAUUUUCAUCGAUGUAGCCGCCGAUAUAUAAUGAUAAAUGGACCCCAUUGUCACAUAAGAAGGGCACUUUGCCAUUUACUGGGGGCCCCCGACAUCCGUCCUAUUGUAAACCCAGUGUAGUUCCUAAUAGUUACUGAUUAAUCACAAUGUCUUAUAUAUGGCGCAGUGACACCACCACUCCGGGAAGGUGUCUCGUGUCUUCGUGUUUCACAUUUAUCACUUAUUUAGUUUGUAGAAAGCAGACAUAAGGAUAUGCGCACAGAGAUCUAGUUAUAAGAUCUGUGAAAAUGUUUUGUCACAGUGUCGGGAUAUUCAUACUAGAGCGGGAUACCGCAGGAAAAGCGAAUAUUUCCGCUGCGUUCUCCAAGUUUUUGUCAAAAGUCACACAACAUGGGGAAAUCCGGAUAGCAUUAUGCGGUACUUACCUGUCCUCAAUCCCCCUUCCUUAGAAAAAGUGGGAGUGCACAUGUGCAGUAUCAAUGAAAAUUGAGGUGAUGACGGGACAUGCAUGGACCUUAUCACAGAUGCCCAGUGUGGAGGUGAGUGUCUCAGUUAUGUACACAUGUGUAUACUCUACCGUCUGCACAUACGCUGUACUGAGACACAGCCUGGGGCCCGCAAAUAGUCCGACCGAGGACUCCUCAACAGUUCACCCAGGGGCCAGGACACUCACAGGAGGUUAGAAUCUCUGGUGCAGAUGUAUUAACCUGGAGAAGGCAUAAAGAAGUGAUAAACCAAUGAUAAGUGCAAGGUGAUAAACGCACCAGCCAAUCAGCUCCAAUAUGUAAAUUAACAUCUGUCUGAAUUACUAGAAAUAGGUUUUUUUUUAAUCUAAGGAAAGAUUUUAAUAAACUGAGCCCAGAGUGUACCAACACACACUGGCACUGAGAGACUGCCACUGUGACGCCAACACACACUGACACUGAGACUGCCACUGUGACGCCAACACUCACUGACACUGAGACUGCCACUGUGACACCAACACUCACUGGCACUGAGAGACUGCCACUGUGACGCCAACACACACUGGCACUGAGAGACUGCCACUGUGACGCCAACACACACUGGCACUGAGAGACUGCCACUGUGAUGCCAACACUCACUGGCACUGAGAGACUGCCACUGUGACACCAACACACACUGGCACCGAGAGACUGCCACUGUGACACCAACACUCACAAAUACUUUAGAUUACUGCAAUAAAUUGUACCAAUAUAAUUGACAAAGUCUCCUGUACCUGUAUGCCUGAUUAUGUUUGCUGUAUGUACCCCCCCCCCUCUCUUGCUUUCUGUACCCCUGAAACAUUUAUGAAAUUGAAUAAACAUUAAUACAAUACA